AAUGCUAGGAGCCGCGGUGCUAGAGGUGGCGUACAUGCAAGGAAGAAGGAAGACUUAUCCUUCCCUGCCUUCUCUCCCUCAAUCGUUGUAUGCUGUCAAGCUUAUAGCUCCCUCCUCUUGGAAGAUCGCGUCCCGUCCGCUGGCUUCAUUUUCUCUGGCAUGGACGCAUUCUUCCUGCAAAGUUUGCCGAUCUGCUCCGUCUGCUUGCAGGACGUUCAUGGACAGACGACAGAUUCGGCAUGACGAGACUGGGAGAAGCACUCCCCUUCCUCGCCAUGCCCUCCUUCAUGGAGUUUCAAGAAGCUUGCUUUCCCGUUCAGCGACCCAGUCGUGCUUGACAGUCGGACGUGGAUUGCGCGCUAUGAGCACGCCCAGCAAGGAUAGAGAGGUCAUGUACGAGAGCCGCUCGAUCAGCACCCUCCAGAACCUUGCCAUGGGAAGCGUCGCACAGACCGCCAUCUGCUGUUUGGUGGGGGGACUGCUUGCAUUCCAUCCUGCGGCGGCGUCCAGCGCAUGGCUUCCAGGAUGGACACUGCAGGGCCGUGCUUUCCUUAGCGGCAUCAUCGUUGGGUUCGGUUGUACCAUUACGAUGGGGGCGCGCGCGUUUGUUACCAAGCAGAUCGUCAGAGUCUCCUCGUCUCCUCAUUCCCCAGAUGAGAUCGAGAUUGAUGUCAUGAGCUUUCCCUCGGGCGUGACUGUGCAUCGUCUUCCAGCGAAAGAGUUCUACGCCAUCACCGCCGCGUACGGCGAGUUCGACAUCGACAAGGAGGCAGCGGGAGCGGCCCCCAUGCUGCCCGUCUACGUCGGCGGCUCAGUGAAGAACACGCUCAUGAUCGACAUGAGAGGAAAAUUUCUCCACAAGGAUCGCAUGCAGGAGCUGCUUGUGUCCGUCCCGGAUGUAGAUGAAGAAAUGUUGAAGAAUGAGUGAGUGAGCGAGUGCAAUGGAGGACAAACUCUGCGCUACGGAAGCUUCGCUAAGCUUGAGAAUUGAGCGCUGAAUGGCAGGCAGUUACCUUCUCAGUACAUUUGAUCUCUCCUAUUUCAUGAAACUCUACAACC